ACCGGAAGCCGCCUGGAUUGCUUGAGUGACAAGGGGGCGGAGCUUUCAUUCCAUUACUUCCCCGACCGCCCUGCUCGCUGAGGGAAAGUAUCGGAGUGAGUGUCCUGUGUGGGAAGAAUGUGUGGGCGCACAGCAUGCACUCUAGCACCAGAUGAUGUGAGGAAAGCUUGCACAUAUCGAGACAAGCAAGGAGGAAGGAAAUGGCCGAAUUGGAGGGAUGGUGACUCGGACAAAUACCAGCCAUCUUAUAACAAGAGUCCCCAGUCAAACAGCCCAGUUCUCUUAUCUUUAAAGCAUUUCCAGAAGGAUGCAGAUUCUUCUGAGCGAGUCCUUGCUGCGAUGCGCUGGGGUCUUAUUCCUUCAUGGUUCAAUGAGCCGGACCCAUCAAAAAUGCAAUACAAAACAAACAACUGUCGGAGUGAUACUAUGACAGAAAAGGCUUUAUAUAAGGCUUCUCUGUUUAAAGGGAAACGCUGUGUUGUCCUUGCUGAUGGAUUUUAUGAAUGGCAGAGGCAGAAUAGUGAAAAGCAGCCUUACUACAUUUAUUUUCCACAGAUCAAAGCAGAAAAGUCUCCUGCUGAACAGGACAUCACAGACUGGAAUGGCCAGAGAUUGCUUACCAUGGCUGGACUGUUUGAUUGUUGGGAACCCCCCAAUGGAGGGGAGACCUUAUACUCUUACACUGUUAUCACAGUGGAUUCUUCAAAAACCAUGAACUGGAUACAUGACAGAAUGCCAGCUAUACUGGAUGGAGAUGAAGCAGUUAGGAAAUGGCUGGAUUUUGGGGAGGUUCCAACGAAAGAUGCACUUAAACUCAUCCAUCCCAUUGAAAACAUAACUUACCAUCCUGUUUCAACAGUAGUAAACAAUUCCAGAAAUAACACCCCGGAAUGUAUGGCUGCUAUAAUCCUCACCCAAAAAAAGGGUCCAGCAUUAAGUGCCAGCAGCAAAAAGAUGUUAGACUGGUUACAAAAUAAAUCCCCCAAGAAAGAAGAAUCACACAGCAUCCAAUCGCCUAAAUUGUCACAGUUUGGGGCGCCACCUAAGAAAACCAGUGCAGGAUUGAUGCAACAGUGGCUAAAGAAAGAAGAUGGGGAGCCUUCACCAAAAAGAGCAAAGAAGUAACCUUACAUACGGGCCAAGCUUUGGAAAGGAAAAUAAAACCAUACAGAUUUGUUCAGUUAAAGACAGUAGGAAGCCACUUUCACUGCAUUAAAGGGGACAUUAAGGGGACACAUGCCCUAAGUAUAAUCGCAUUGCUCAGUUCUGUUGCUUUGGAGGGAUAGGACUGAGCUGGAAAGUGUCCCUCUGCUUCAGUAAGUGAACCUUUUGCACUUCUUCCUGGCCCUUGCCUGGGCACAGCACAGCUAACACAUUUUCUAGCCAGUGAUAGCAAUGCCAUCCUCUCAUUUCUUCUUCAAGUAUUUUGUGCAGUUGGGGUUAUGUUAUGCCAACCCUGUGUUUCAGAAAGAAGGAUAAGUUUCAGUAUUGUAAAGUUGUGACAAGGUUAUCGAUGCCUGGCAAAUACACGAGCCCCCAGUACUGUUUCUCUUCCUGCAUUCAUUUAAAGGCCCAUGGCUUUAUUACUUGUUGUACAGAGAGGUAAAUAGAACUACAGACGCACUGACUCAUUUGUCAGGGGAUCUCAUGCCUAUGAGGCUCAUUAAAAUUCAGAACUGUUUUGAGAA